GUUCCUUCAAAGUCGCGACAGCACUAUUGUAACAAUGAGGAGCAGAGCGAUCGCAAUGCUGGCCUUGCAACUGGCGGCCUUGCUGGUGGCGGCCGACUCGAGCCGGGAAGAUGGCAACAGUCUGCAGUACGUGGAAGGGAAGCUCACGAAAGCGAUGGACGAGCUCAACAGGAGGGACAGCAUCGGCAUUUUCGGCGAUAUGGUCAGCAUAGAAAAGGUCGCGGAAGACGCCGGGGAACGGUCGUCGGAGGAGAGCGCGGAUCCGCUCGUCAGCAGAAUCGAGGCUUUCCUGAGGACUCGAAGGAUUCAGGUCAAUCUGCCCGACGACAGCUCGACCGCCGGCUUGUUCGGUCGCGCCCUCGGCCGCAGAAGCAUCGGCAUAGAAUUAAGGAGCCUGACGCACGGAACGUCCGAAGCGCGCACCAAACUGAAGAAGAUGAUCCUGCCGCUGCUGGUGCUGCUGAAGUUCAAGACUCUGGUGAUCCUGCCGAUCGUCAUCACCGUGGUCGGUCUGAUCGGCAUCAAGGGCUUGGGCGGUGCCUUCUUGUCGCUCCUGCUGUCCGGUGCAGUAGCCCUGAAGGCCCUUGUCGCACCGCCGCCGCCGCCGAGGGUCACCUACGGUGUCGUAAGGCCGCACGAGAUUCAUCACGACCACUGGCACAGGUCGGAGCAAGAUGGCGUCGAUGCGCCCUACAGAGGCUGGGCGCCCGAGUAUAACGGCGAACAGUACCAGUAUCACGAAAUCCCGUGAAACGCUCUUGCCAAACUUAUUUAUUUAUUUAUUUAUUUAUUCGUCGCAUGUCCGCCCGCGCGCACAUGUACACGCUUUAUGUUGACG